UUCAAAUACAGUCCAGCAGURUUGAUGAAUUAAAUUCUUCUUCAUCAACAGAACAUUAUGAAUCCAACAAUUAUUCUGAGCAUGAAUUAAUAUCCAAAACCUUGUUAGAAUGGUCGAUACAAUUUGGUAUAUGUCAAAACGCAUUUACUUCAUUAUUAAAAAUUCUUAAGGAACAUAAAUGUUUURAAAAGACUCUUCCAAUGGAUUGUAGAACUUUGCUUGGUUCUGGCUCCUCUAAAGUUGUUGGUAUAAAAAAUAUUAAUCCUGGUAUUUAUUAUCACUUUGGACUUGAGGCAGGCAUUAGAAGAUUUCCCAAGAAUUGUACUGGUGGUGAUACAAUAAUGUUAAACAUAGGAAUUGAUGGACUUCCGUUGACAAAGAGUAGUUCUAGUGCAUUUUGGCCUAUAUUAGCAUAUAUUUUUCCAUUUAAUAAUGAUGUCUUSCCUAUUGGAAUAUAUUGGGGAAAUGAAAAACCAACCGAUAGCAAUCAAUUUAUGCAAGAUUUUGUCGAUGAAGCUAAGAAUAUAAUUGAAAAUGGAAUCAUAGUUAAUGGUUCUUUAAAAAAAGUUUCGAUAUUCGUGUUUUCCUGCGAUACUCCAGCAAAAUCCUUCAUCUUAAAAACAAAAGGUCACUCAGGCUUUAGUUCAUGUAAUCGUUGUAUUCAAGAAGGAGAAUACCUUAAAAACCGU